CAAAAGCACUUUUCUAACUAGGAGAGUCCUUGAUUCUCAAUUUUUAAGGUAUUAUGUAGAGACUUCUGAUGAAAUCUUUAUGAUUGAUAAAUGUUUCAUUAUUAGAGGUGUUUAUCAAUAUUGUGUAACCAUUAUGAUGAUAUUAAAGUUGGAUUUCUCUACAAUGUCAUGGGUGGAGGUGACAAGCUUGGAUGAUCAUGUCUUGUUUAUAAGUCGAACUACUAGGCUAUCUUGCUCGGCCAGGGGGUUAGGUUUUACACAGGGUUGUGUGUAUUUUACACAACCUAAUGAGAUGUGCUUCUACAAGUAUUCCCCGGAAGAUAAAUCCGUUAUGCUUUCACUGCCAUGUCCAGAAUUACCAAAGCCAUGGUUCUCUCCUAACUGGCUCAUGAUUCCCACAACACUCAGUAGGGAUGACGAUGAUAGACGAAGAGCAACAAAUUCUAUGUUAGGUAAUGGAAGUAACAAUACUAAGGCAGUAGAAAAAUCUAGUGUAGCAAAAAGGACAAUCAUGAGAAGAACUAUUAUGAAUAAUGAUGAUGAGAAAGAGGAUAUCAAAGAAGUAAAGGGUUGGGAUAGACUUGACGAUGAUAUAGUGUGGUUCAUAUCAAGUUGUCUAAGUCCUUUGGAUUAUAUACAUUUACGUGCUGUCUGUAGAAACUAUCGAUUGGUAUUCCCUAUAGUGAAUUGGAGAAGUUGUUGUUCUACUAGGAGCUUAAAAAGCACCGUUUCACCUCCAUGGCUGGUUUUCGCCAAGGAUAAUGAAUCUGUCUACAGUUUUAUAAACCCGAUGCAUAAAUAUGAGAACUACCUCACGAGCAUUCCUGAGAUGCUAGAAGGUUCAACAAUUCGCUUCUCGAAAGGUGGUUUGUUACUCUUGUCAGAAGGUUACCUUAGUGUGUUCUUCUACAAUCCAUUCACGAAAGAAAUCAUCAAACUUCCAUACUUUCCAGGUAAUUAUCAGUUCCGAGGCAUCUCUUUCUCGUCCUUGCCAACUUCUUCAGAUUGCGUUGUUUUUUCCAUCAGUAAUUUCGCUAAUGAUUCAGUAUUUAUUUCCUUCAUUAAACGUGGGGAUGAAUUUUGGACGUAUUCAAAUCAGUAUGAUAAUGUUUAUUUACCACCCAAUAGAACAAACAUGGAUUUCGAGCCGAGUCUUAACAGUCCAAUUUUCUAUAAAUGAGCUUUUUAUUGCUUGGAUGUGAACGAAACUUUAGGUGUAUUUACAUUAGAGAGUGGUACUAGGUGGGAAGUUUUGUCCAUGGUACCCCCACCUAAUUGUGAUUUCAUCUAUAAGAGUUACUUGGUAGAGCUUGAAGGAAAGCUGUUAUCUGUACUGUUAGGCCAUUAUGGAAAAUGGGUUUGGAUAUUCAGAUUGGACAUGUCGGAAAUGGUUUGGGUUGAAAUUAAACAUUUAGGACCGCAUGUGCUGUUUAUGAGCAAUACAUCUUGCAUCGGAGUAGUUGCUCAGACUAGUCAGAUGGAGAACAAAAUCUACUUUCCCAGGUUGCAGGAUGAAGGAAUUCUGUUUUACUCUAUUGAUUCAGGUAAAUUUCAUUCUCUAGGGAGUGAACAUUAUGGUACAGAUUAUUGUAACUCCAAAGAUAACUUAAGGUGCAGUUGGAUAGAACCUAAUUGGUCAGAGACUAGAAGGCCAAAUUUUGACUGGUCCUAGAAUUUAGA